GACAACGUUUCGUGUCCCCAUCACUUCCGGGCUGAUAACAAGGGCCGUUGAUGCCUGCAGAUUUUCAUUAAAAUAUCUUAGUUUAAUAAAUACAUUGGCGCCAUAGCUGUGAUGUUUUGGGAGUGAUAUGGUCACAAAGCCUACAAAUGAGGUUGGUGUAUUGACGAAAUUCUUCCAAGAGACGCAGGAAUAGCGGAUGAUGAAGAGGUGAGCUGACUAAAACCUAGCUGUCUGUCAGUCCAUCCAUCAAGCGGAUCCUAUCAGAGGAACCACCAGUGCAUGAGAAGGAACACAAUCAGUUUUCGAAAGAAGUGUUGGGGUGUAUCCCUCACACUUCCUGCCCCACCCACCUCAACUCAAGACUCCACCCCUUGACCCCUGACAUCCAAGAUGAAACUAAAAGAGGACAUGAACCCACUGCUGCUGCAGGUCUUCCGCUCGGUUGUCUGGGUCUACUCUGUCAUCACCUUCCUGCCCUGGUACCUGCUCUCGGGCGCAGGAGCCAACCUAGACCGGGCGCGGCGGGUCAAGGCACGGUCAGUGAGCGGUCGCCCGGCGGGCCCUUACCGGGCGACCAACCAUGAGGAUGGUAGCCAGCAGAAGCUGGUGUCUUCCUUGCACCCAGGAGUGGACACCCUGGACAAGGUGAUGGAGCAUGGAGCGGCCAGGUUCCCAGAGAGGAACUGCCUGGGCACGAGAGAGGUGCUGAGCGAGGAGGACGAGCUCCAACCCAACGGGAAGGUCUUCAAGAAGGUGAUCCUGGGGGAGUAUCAGUGGAUGUCGUAUGAGGAGACCUACCAGGCAGCAGUGUGUUUUGGCAGUGGGCUGGCCGCGCUGGGCCAGAGGCCUCAGUGUAACAUCGCCAUCUUCUGUGAGACCAGGGCCGAGUGGAUGAUAGCAGCACAGGCCUGCUUCAUAUACAACUUCCCAUUGGUGACGUUGUACUCUACUCUGGGCGGAGCGGCCAUUGCCCACGGUUUGAACGAGACUGAGAUCACCCACAUCAUCACCAGCAAAGACCUGCUACACAGCCGUCUCAAGGACAUUCUGUUGGAGGUGCCUCGGCUGCAGCACAUCAUCGUGGUGGACAGUAAGCCAACCAGUUGGCCUGGCUUCCCCCGCGGCAUCAUGGUCCACAACAUGGACGCCGUGCAAGAGCUGGGCUCCAGACCCGACAACAUGGCGGUGGCGCGCCGGCGGCCCGUGCCCUCUGACAUCGCUGUCAUCAUGUACACCAGCGGCUCCACGGGCAUCCCCAAGGGCGUCAUGAUCUCCCAUAGCAACAUCAUCGCGGGCGUCACAGGCAUGGCAGAGCGCAUCCCAGACCUGGAUGAGACAGACACCUACAUUGGGUACCUGCCACUGGCCCAUGUUCUGGAGCUGAGUGCAGAGAUGGUGUGUAUCUCUCACGGCUGUUGCAUUGGAUACUCCUCCCCACAGACGCUAGCAGACCAGUCGACUAAGAUUAAGAAGGGCAGUAAAGGAGACACCAGUGUUCUAAAACCUACACUCAUGGCUGCUGUACCGGAGAUCAUGGAUCGGAUCUAUAAGAAUGUGAUGACCAAGGUGGAGGAGAUGAGCAGUGUGCAGAGAACCCUCUUUGUGUUGGCCUACAACUACAAGAUGGAACAGAUCACCAAGGGCUACAAGACCCCGCUCUGUGACAGUCUGGUGUUUAGGAAAGUGCGCUCGUUGUUGGGGGGUCACAUGAGGGUGCUGUUGUCAGGCGGAGCGCCCCUCUCCGCUGCCACCCAGCGCUUCAUGAACAUCUGCCUCUGCUGUCCCGUGGGCCAGGGCUACGGCCUCACCGAGACCUGCGGAGCUGGCACCAUCAGCGAGAUGUGGGACUACAGCACAGGCCGGGUCGGCGCUCCUCUGAUCUGCUCCGAGAUCACCCUCAAGGACUGGGAGGAGGGCGGUUACUACAGCACAGACAAGCCACACCCGAGAGGGGAGAUUGUAAUCGGCGGGCCCAACGUGACUAUGGGUUACUACAAGAACGAGGUGAAGAACCGCGAGGACUUCUUCGUGGACAGCAACGGCCAGCGCUGGUUCUGUACAGGAGACAUUGGGGAGUUUCUCCCAGACGGGUGCCUCAAGAUUAUUGAUCGUAAGAAGGAUCUGGUGAAGCUCCAGGCUGGGGAGUAUGUGUCUCUGGGGAAGGUGGAAGCCAUGCUGAAGAACUGCCCUUUUGUAGACAACAUCUGCGCCUACGCAAACAGUGACCAGUCGUACGUGAUUGGCUUCGUGGUGCCCAAUCAGAAGCAGUUAAUGGCGCUGGCGGAGCAGCGAGGGUUACGGGGCAGCUGGGAGGAGAUCUGUAACAACCCUGACAUGGAGAGAGACGUUCUCCACAUCAUCACAGAGGCCGCUCUGUCAGCCAAACUGGAGCGCUUUGAGAUUCCGAGGAAGAUCCGUCUGAGUGCAGAGCCUUGGACACCGGAGACUGGCCUGGUGACUGACGCAUUCAAACUCAAACGCAAGGAGCUCAAAUCACACUAUCAGGAAGACAUCGAGAGAAUGUACGGUGGCAAGUAACAUACACACACACACAGGCAUACGCAAGGAAUCUAACAAGCGCUACCUAGAUGACAUGAAAACAGGAGAGAAUGUACGGUGGCAAGUUACACACACACACAGGCAUACGCAAGGAAUCUAACAAGCGCUACCUAGAUGACAUGAAAACAGGAGAGAAUGUACGCCGGCAAGUUACACACAAACAGACACAGCCCCCCCCCCUUCCCAAGACAAAAGACAGAGGGGCCAAGCCAGUUCGAGCAGCAUCAGUUGCUUGUCUUCGUCAAAAGUUUUUCGGGGUCUGUGUGUUGCUAUGACGAUGCUGGCAUCAUGGCGUGACUCGACCGUGACACAGAAAAUUACACGUUAAUCUUGUCCCACUCCUCCGCUCCUCUCCUAUGUUUCUCCUUCCCUUCUCUCUCCUAUCCUCCAUCUAGCAUGGUCUUCAGCCUCUGUGUGUAGUCCAGACACCUGAUCGUAGAAAGGAUGGUUUUUUUGUGUGAAUGUGGCCUGGAUCGUGUUCAUUAGGCAUCAAACGGAAGAAAACUGACUGAAACAGGGAGGGACUACCUGAACUUGUCCAACAAGAAACCUUUUGCUAUGUUGUGCACUAAUGAAUACGACUCUGAAAAAUGAGGCCCUUCGGUUUAAACGUUCCACAUCCAGGUUUGAAUCUAUGCAGGGAUCCCUUUUAUUGUAUAAAUGUUUCGGGAUGUGGUGAUGUUUUGUUCAUGUUUCGUUGUCUUUCUUUUUUUAACGUAAUCGGUUUGUCUUGGUUCAUUUCCGAAACCUAUUCGAUGAACAUCUUGUGUCUGAGAGAAAUUAGUGUUUUGCGAAACCAUAAGAUUUUUGUAACGCAACUCGCAUUUUUUAUUUGCUUUCCUUAUUUCUUGUUUUUCUCUGAAUGGUUUGUUUCUCAUUUAUCUGUUACCAAACUGACAUUUCCCUCGUCUGCCUCUAGGUCCUGAAGGUUGCUUCUAUUCUAUGGAAGAGUAUGUGUUUACUGACUUGACUAGAUUAAGUCCUAUGUCACUUUGUUACAGUGUGCCAGUGAUGGAAUCUCCUCCCUGCUCUGUGCCCCUGUGUGUGGCUACGGGCUGAUGUGAUGUGCCUGGGUUGGCUGGUGGAACCUGUUUCUCGUAAUGUAGCCUGAUCCUGGAUCGGUUUUUACUUUAGCCACCUCCUCUUGACUAUUUGUGAGAUGUCAUGAGUUGACCCAGGCAAGAAAUGAUCUGGGACCAGGUAAGUAAUGAUGGUGUCCAGGGGGGCUACGGGGAAGUAGGAUGCAGUUGCCCCGUAAAGCUGAUCGAAGUUUAGUUUCUCUUCCCUGUGGUUGAGGCUAAGAUGGGGAGAGGACAAGCUGAUCCUUGAUCUGUGUCUAAAGGGCAACUUCUCAGCACGUGACACCAAUCCUACUGAGAGCCUUAUUCAUUUCUACUCUGUCACUUAACCAGUAGGAGGCCGUCUCUGCCACUGGUUCAUCUUUGAAACAUAAUCUGUAUAGUAAUGUCCAAAUUUACAGGGGUGUGUAUGUGUGAUUUGUGCUGAUGUUUGUGUGUGUGUGUGUGUGCGUGCGUUCUCUGACCCUGAGCUUGUUCCCUAUGUCUCUGUGAAGCCCGCUGCAUGCCCACCCCACCUGACCUGUAGAAGUCUGUUACCUUUCAAUGUUUCCUCCAGCAAAACCAUGUUACAUACACAGUGUCCUGCUAAACCAGGUCUGUGGCUCCAUAAACCAUGUUAUCACCAGGACGAUCUGGUUCCGUAAAACCACGUAGAUUGUCUUUAUCGACAUGGGCCUAAACCUGCCGUUUUUACUCCAUAAAAUGAUGACCUGUGUACCGCAUGGACGUCUCCUAAGAGAGCCAAUGGCUCCCAGUCCAGAUCUGUAGCCGUUUGCCUUUUUUAGUUGCUCUUCGGCAGACUGUGUGUUUGUGUCAUCCAACGGUAGUUCCCAUCUACCCUGAUAUCCCUGUUCGUAUUACAGGAAUGCAUUGUCCUAUUUCUUUGUCAUAUCUCUAGUUACUGUUGCUAUUAUUGAUGAAAUAUGAAAUGCAGAUUGAAUGUGCAAUAUUUAUACGAAAUACAAAUUCUAAAACCUAAAGUAUGUAAAGGAAAAAUGCACAGAGAGAGCAAGCCCCUUCACAGUGUAUGAAUGUGUGGGUGCGGGCCUGUCUCUUUCCAAUUAAAUGUACAAAGAAAACCUAGAGGACAGGCGGACGGACAGAAAACAUCGUUGUAGAAGUAGUAACAUAUAGCCUCAUUAUGGUGUGAUAUUAGUGGCAACAGAAAUGUAAUCUGAAUUCAAUCAUCUUGAAUUCAUUCAGAUUUGUUGGCAGUAAUAUGACUCUAUACUUAUUUUUCUGUAUUGUGAAAGUACUGUACCAAUUAUAGUAAUGAAGACUAAUAUUUUGGCCUUGUAAAAUAAAAAUACAAUGGUGAAGAAUAAGGCACUACAGGUGAACAGA